AUGGAUAACUCGGACGAAUUUGAAGAACUAGAAAAACGAAGUGAUCCAAGAUGUGGUAUAACUUCGUUAGUUUAUACCAGCUGUUCACAAUUUUGUAAGAAGAAUGGUUAUAAUGACGGUGAUUGUCGAGGUCUAAUUCGAGCUUGUUGGUGUAUCAAGCAAACCGACGUGUCUUGUUUAGUUAGUCUAGGAUGUAUACCAACAUGUAAGGGUCUAGGCCCAACAUUCAGUGAGAGUGAGUGUGAAGGAGGAAUAUUGACAACAAGAAGAUGUCAAUGUGCUGCUAAGAUGCCGUGA